AUGGUAGACCGGGCGAAGAAGCAUCUCUUGGGCGAGGUGGGGCAGUCGACAAGAGCCAGCUUGAAAGCUUAUGCAAGACUGGCUAGGUGGCAGGCGGCUGUGCUUCUUCUGGAGCUCCGGGGUGGGGUACAAGCAGAUGUUAUUAUGUACAGCAUGGCCUUGACAGCGUGUGAGCGAGGGCACCAAUGGCCAGCAGCUUUACAGCUGUUGGAUGACAUGGAGCGAACACGACUGAAGGCAGACAUCAUACUCUUGAGCACAGCCAUAAGUGCGUGCAAGAGGGGCAGCCAGUGGCAACAGGCGCUGUCCCUGCUAAGGAGAGCAGGGUCCUGUCAGAUGCAGCUCGACGUGAUCAUCUACAGUUCUACUCUGAGCUCGUGCCAAUCAGCCUCACGCUGGCACGAAGCACUGCUGCUGUUGGGGCACAUGUCCCGAAUCCGGCUGCAGUUGGAUGUGGUGGCCUACAGUUCAGCCAUUGCUUCAUGUGGCGCGGCUGGCCAGUGGCAAGCUGCUUUGCACUUGCUUCAUUGCGUGGAGGAGGACAGAUUGCGAGCGGACGGUGGGCUACUCCAGGCAACUAUCACAGCAGCUCAAGGACAGAAGCAGUGGCAGCAAGUUCUGCACAUGUCACAGAAGGUUGAGAAGCAGGGUCCCUUGCAAGGUUUUGAUGUUUUCAGCCUCCGAAGUGACGUGAAUGCCUUGGGAAUCGGCCGUAAGUGGGAACUGAUGAUCGUUUGCCUCGAGCAACACUGCGAUAUUAUGUGCGAUGCUUCGGGCCACCAGGAAGGAAUUUUGCACGAUGCGGGUGCAACAUUGGGACAAUGCAGGCAGUGGCAGCAUGCAGUUUCUCUUCUCACGGGAGCAGUAGUGGAAGAGGGCCAGAAGGACGUUGGGCUCAAGUCUGCUGCCAUCGUGGCCGCCGAGAAAGGUGGACAGUGGGAGCUGGCCUUUCUCAUCCUGGAAGACCUGAAGCAGCGUCGUGCCGGGCCUAGCAUUCUCACAUAUGGGGCAGCCAUCAAGUGUUGCGAAACGGCUGGGAGAUGGCACGAAGCUGUGCUCUUGUUGAGUGACCUGGAAAUGCAGCGAUUGCAGUGCACGCUCAUUGUACUGAAUGCUGCAAUGAGUGCUUGUGGCAAGGCCAAAAAAUGGCAGCAGGCCUUGAUGUUGUUUCAGCAGGCAGCCACGCAGAGUGUGGAGGCAGAUGUAAUCAGUGUAAACUCUGUGAUUAGUGCCUGCGAGAAGAGCAGAAGAUGGCAAGAAGCUUUGGCGCUUCUCUCGCAACUUUUUGACGUACAGUUGGAGGCAGAUUUGACCAGCUUCAAUGCGGCGAUCAGCGCCUGCGAAAAGAGUUCUCGCUGGCAGCAAGGUAUCAUGCUGCUUGCAAGCAUUGCCGACCACAACCUGCAGCCGAACGCGGUGUCGUACAAUGCAGCCAUAAGCGCGUGUGAAAACACCGGGUUUUGGGAGCAGGCCAUCUGUUUGCUCGCAGAGCUUGCUGUGAAGAAUGUGCAACUUACCAUUGUCACAGCUUCAGCUGCCAUCAGUGCCUGUGAAAAGGGUGGGCGGUGGCAGGUUGCCCUAUCACUGUUCACAGACUUUCGGAGGGAGGGCUUGUACAACGUUGUCACCUACAGUGCCGCCGUGUCUGCCUGCGAGAGAGGCAGCGGAUGGAGUCAAGCCUUGGAGCUGCUUCGGCAACUUGAAAGAGACCGCGUGCAGGCCAACGAAGUUGUGUACAACAGUGCCAUUGGAGCCUGUGCCGUUUGCACUGAAUGGCAGCGAGCCUUGGGCAUGCUGGAGAACAUGGAACUUGCAGACCUACAAAUGGAUGCGACCGGCAUCAGCGCUGUGAUAGGUGCUUGUGAAUCUGCUGACCAGUGGCAACUGACCGCCGAGCUGCUUUUUGAUCUGGAAGCAUUUGCAGCGCAGAUCCCGUUCAUUGUUUGGAGUGCCCAGUGA